GUGAUAUAAAAACACGUGUUGUUUAUGUUUACGAUCGGCUGAUCGUUUGCACGACUUGCAUAAGUUCGAGGAUCAAAACAUAAAAAACGUGAUUUGUGGUUUAUUAUACAACAUGCACGGCCGUACUGCAAACUAUGAUAGUUGGUUUGUUUACGAAUAGAAAGGAUGCUGUAGUGAACGGAGCAUAAGUGAUAGCUAAUUUUCAAAAAUAAAAACUUUGCAAUCGUUGAUAAUUCUAACGAGUUUGAAUGAAAUACGAAAUCAGUUAUCACAGUGAUACAGAAACGAUGGGAAGCCGUGCGCAGUCUGUGAUCUGUGACAAAGUGCUGGCCGGACUGCCACAGCUACUAGAUGAUCUGCAAAGAUUAUCAGAAGAUCAGGAUACUGCUGAUGUGGUAUUUAUACUCGGAACCAGUGAGGAAAGGAUUUAUGCCCAUCGGAUCAUUCUAAUGGCAAGGUGUAAAUCUUUUCAAUCUCCCAAGAGGGGAGAGAUCUGCAGAAUACCGGGCAGCUCGGUGGUUCCUUCGGCGCCAGGUUCACCGACCACCAUCCGGUUGCCGCACAUCGAAGCGGAUAUUUUCCGUCAAUUUAUUCUCUACGUAUACACUGCUAAAAUCAUGUUACAAGACUCGAAGGUAUUUGAAAUGAUUAUUCUUGCGCAAGACCUUGGCGUCGAGGAGUUGAAAAUUGCUUGCGAAGAGCAUGUCAAGACUGCCAUGUCAGUUGCCAAUGCUUGCACUUUUUUGGCCGCAGUAAUGGAAAUACAGGAAAAACCUGCAGGUGCUAAAAUUGCGUCGCCGUUUUUGGAUAAAUGCAUCACGUACAUUGCGGAAAAUGCUUCUGAAUGCGUUAAAACGAAUGCCUUUUUGAAUCUCACCAAAGAAGGUCUUAUUCAGGUGAUUUCGUACGAUAAUCUUGGCCUAGAGGAAGAGGAUGUUUGGCGCUGUGUUUUGGCAUGGGCCAAAAAUCAAGCUGGAGUCACGCAGCCAACGGCCCAUUGGACCGAGGAGGAACGGCAACGUGUAUGCCAACAGUUGGCACCGGUCAUUUCACACGUGCGUCUGUUUCUCAUAGACAGUCAAGUCUUUGCGGAAGAAGUCGAACCGACGGGGGCCGUUCCGAUAGAAUUGUCACUGGAACGUUAUCGUAGAGCAGCUCUUCACUCGAACAAACUACCAGCCUCGGCGGUUCCGAUUCCGGCAAACGUGCUUGGUGAAAACGACAAACGGCUGCAACCACGCUUGAUGUUGAAUCUAUUCCAUGGGUCAACAAUUUUGAAAAACGAUAAAAUACAUAUGCAAGGAACUUUGAACAGCUGGUAUGGGGUUCACAAACAAACGUGGCGGUUAGUUUACCGUGCCUCAACCAACGGGUUUACAGCAGCUUCGUUUCAUCGCCAUUGCGAUGGAAUUGCGCCGCUCUUUGUAGUGGCUUUGGGAUCCCAAGGUGCGAUUAGUGGCGGAUUUACCGAUGUGGCAUUCGCCAAAACCAACCGUAAAGGCGGAUACAUUCAUUCGGAAAAGGCGUUUCUUUUUGCUCUGAACUACAACAACGACCCACCAACAAAGUAUGAUAUUAUCAAGAAACCUUACGCUAUCUGUUAUCAUCCUGACUGUGGUCCCAUUUUUGGAGCAGGGGCUGAUUUAUUGAUUUCGAACAAUUGCAAUAUCAACAUGGAAUCAUACUCCAAUUUCCCACAUUCGUACGAUGGACCGAACGCAACCUUCGGCAACCUAUUUGGGGACUACCACUUUUCCAUAGUGGAUUACGAAGUAUUUACACUGGCACCAUCGACGGCUCCGCCGGGAAUCAAAAUGAAGCAUGAUCGUUAUCCUUGAGAUAUGGGUAGAAGCUUUGUAGUGAGUACCUACAUUGACAUCAUUCACUAAAGCACAAGGACUGACGAAACGAGAAUAGCAUGUUUGGUCAAUAUCGAAAUUUUAGAUAC